AUGUCUAGUGUAUCGACACCACAGUCCUCGAGCGGGUACGCCUCACCAGCCCCCUUAUCCGCCCCGCCACCCGUAGUCCCCGUAGCUCAGAAGCCCCAUUCCAAAGCUAAACCCGCCAAUGUGUUUUCUAAUGACGGCUCCUUCCUAGAGCGCUUUCAGCACAUCAAGAAGGACGAGGAAGAGAAAAAGAAGCAGGAAGAGAUGCUGGCGCAGAAACGGGGUUUUGAUGAACGUUUUAAAAAACGGGGCAAGCGCCCUCUUCCUGAUACCGCGAGCUCAACACCUACCACAGAGACUUCCGCAAAGAAGCCUAAGGUUGAUAAGCCUAUGACGCAGUACCAGAAAGAAGUCAGGAACUACGCCGGCCGCAGUCUCAAGGACAACGGCAUCGGCGUGCGACCGCUCGUCAAGUAG